GAGAGCAUAGCGGUUGCUAACAACCGAACAGUCCUUUCGCUGUCACGGCGAAAGCAUACAAAUUUAAAUUUAAAUAGGGCCAUUGGAGUCUCUGACAAUUGCCCGUGAAAAAUGAAAAUGCCCAGAAAAGACCUCUGAGCUAUAACAGGAAAAAAGGGUAAAACCCAAAACUAAAAGCCACGGCCUGUGCCCUCCCAACUUGCUUGCACCUUUUCUCUCCAAAUUCCAAUUUCAUCCACUAAACCUGCGCUCCUCGUUCACUCCGUCUCUCUCUCUCUCUUUCUCUCUUACUUACCGUCUCUCAUGUUAUCUUCAAUUCUCUUGAGCGAAAUCUAAACUCCAAACACUCCCUUACGAAGGCAGAGAAUGGGCGCUCCUUGUUUUUCCCUGUCUUCUCUGCUUCUGGUGAUUGCAGUUGCAGGUCUGUUCUUUUUAGGAGAUUCCAAGACCUACUGGGGAGAUAUAGAGGUGCUGAAAGAGCUGAGAAAAGGACUCGACCCUGGCUCGGUGACUCCCGGCUCUUGCUUGAGCUCGUGGGACUUCUCAGUUGAUCCAUGCGACAGCGUUUUCGGCGAGCGCUUCACUUGUGGGUUCAGGUGCGAUGUCGUCGUCUCCGGCUCCAGUCGAGUUACUGAAAUCAGUCUCGACCAGGCGGGUUACGCCGGUUCGCUCUCUUCUGCCUCCUGGAACCUUCCUUACUUAGAGACUCUGGACCUUUCCGAUAAUUUCUUUUCUGGGUCGGUUUCUGCCUCUUUGUCAAACUUGACUCGUCUACGGCGACUUGGGCUAUCAAGAAACUCCUUCUCCGGCGAGAUACCCACUUCCAUCGGGUUUAUGCACAGCCUGGAAGAGCUAUACCUCGACAGCAAUGGUUUUGAAGGAGCAGUUCCAGCGAGUUUCAACGGUCUGGUGAACUUGAAAAGGUUGGAGCUUCAAGGUAACAAGCUGUCAGGAGAGUUUCCCGAUUUGGGUUCUCUAAAAAACCUUGACUUCCUAGACGCCAGCGGUAACGUCAUCUCCGGCAACGUUCCAGACACGUUUCCGACAUCACUGGUCGAAAUUUCCAUGAGAAACAACAGCUUGGAAGGAAAUAUCCCUCGAACGAUAAAAAAUCUAAGCUUUUUACAGGUACUGGAUCUGAGCCACAACCGACUCAAUGGCUCAGUCCCCUUUUUCGUCUUCGACCACCCCACUCUGCAACAGGUCACCCUCUCCAACAACCACUUCAACUCCAUAGAAGUCCCCAUCAACCCGGCCACCCAAAGCCAACUCAUAGCCCUGGACCUGAGCUACAACGACCUCCGAGGAUUGUUGCCAUCCUUCUUGGCCUUGAUGACAAAGCUCUCAGCUCUCUCCCUAGAGAAUAACAAGUUCACAGGAAUGAUACCCACCCAGUACGCCUUGAAGGCUGUGGUUCCCGACGCCGGAGUGUCCCCAUUCGAGAGGCUAAUGCUGGGAGGGAACUACCUGUUCGGACCCAUUCCAUCACCGUUAAUGGAGCUGAGACCAGACGGGGCAACAGUGAGGCUUGUGGAUAACUGCUUGUACAGGUGUCCGGCAAUGUUCUCCUUCUGUCAGGGCGGUGAACAGAAGUCGUUAAUGGAGUGUAAGAGGUUUGGACCAGUGAUACCUUGAGCAGUGUGACCCAUCUCCAUCUCCCAUGUGAAUCCCUUUGGCUUUUGGAUUCUUCCACUAUUCUCUGUAUUUUUUAUUUUUCCAUAUUUGUAAUUACUAAUCGGUAAUAAUUAGCCAUUAAAUGUUGUUGUUAAUACCGGGUAAUUAUGAAAAAAAAAGCUUUUGUUUUUCUGAGGAA